AUGGGCGAAUCUCUCGUUGUAUACAGUGACGACCCGUUAGAAUCCACGCGAUGGGCGAAUCUCUCGUUGUAUACGAAGACGCCCGUCGACGCGCACGCGCUGGGCGACGAAUCGCUCGCCAGGUCGACGCGCCGGCGACGACGGCGCGUCGAGCGCGCGCGGCGUCGUCUCGAGCGCGCGCUCGACGUUCGUCGACGCGGCGGUGAGGGACGCGACCGCGCGGGCGAGAGAGAGGCCGAGGGACGGGCCGAGCGCUCGGAGGCUGACACGGAUUCAGCGCUCGACGCGGGCGACGCGCGUCGGUGGUGCCGUUUGGGGACGCGCGCGCGCGCGUGCGUCGCGUCGACGUCGUCGACGACGAAGGGCGCGGCGGCGGCGAGACGGAGACGGACGAGUGGCGGCGGCGGCGGACGCGGCGCGCGCGCGGUCAUGGCGUCGCAUAGGAUCUCCGAGGGCGGCGCGCACGCGCCGUCGCUCGAUCCGAUCGUCGCGCGCGCGUUCGGGGCGUUUGAUCACACGUUUACGGUGUGCGAUGCGACGAAACCGGACUGUCCGAUCGUGUACGCGAGCGAUGGGUUCUUGCGAAUGACGGGGUACGCCGCCGCCGAGGUCAUCGGGUACAACUGUCGAUUCUUACAGGGUGAGAAGACGAAUAAAAACGACGUGCGAGAGCUGAGAGAGGCGAUUAAGAAUGGCGAUCGUUGGAGCGUGCGGUUGCUGAAUUACAAGAAGGAUGGGACGCCGUUUUGGAACUAUCUCGUGGUUGCGCCCGUGAAGCUCGCGGACGGCACCGUGGUAAAGUACAUCGGAGUGCAGACGGACGUGACCGAGGUGAAGGACGCGGACACUGGUGAGCGUGGGAUCGAGUUUGACGAGAAAGGUCAACCGGUCCCGAGUCGCUACGACGCGCGCGCGGCGGCGGCGACGCUCGGAAGAGUGAGCGAGGUGGAGCAAGCGGUUCGAACCGCGGAGGGGUUGGGAAAUCAGGCGCAAAGGCGUACGGGUAUGGAUUUGGCGUCAACGCUAGAGCGAAUUGAGCAAUCGUUCGUCAUCACCGACCCGUCGCUCCCGGACCAUCCGAUCGUGUUCGCGAGCGAUGGUUUCAUGGAGUUCACGGGGUACUCGGUGGAUGAAAUCUUGGGGAGAAACUGUCGGUUCUUGCAAGGUCCGAAGACGGACAGAGCGGCGGUGGCGAAGAUUCGCGAGGCGAUCGAGAAUGGGGAGGAGUGUACGGUGCGGUUGUUAAAUUAUACUAAGACGGGCGAGGAGUUCUGGAACAUGUUCACCCUGGCGCCGGUGCGCGACGAGCAAGGCAUUGUGCGUUUCUUCGCCGGCGUGCAAGUGGAUAUCACGGCACACGAUCCACAGACGGAACAUGAGACCGUGGCAGAGAUCACGUUCAAAGAGGAGGAUAACGACGCGAACGUGCAGGUUUCGAAGAGUGCCGCGCAACUUGUCGCCGGUGCAGCAGCUAAGGAUAAGGAGUUUGAGCCACCGUGGAAGCACAUGUCCGGGCACAUGCUUCAACCAAAGCCGCACCAGCUCGAGAACCGUCGCCACUGGGAAGCGCUCUGGAGGGUGACGAAUUAUAACGAUAGACCGCUUACGAUUGACGAUUUCGUCCCCAUCCGUCGUAUCGGACAGGGAGAUGUCGGGACGGUGCACUUGGUCGCGCUCGCAAAGGAAAAAGACGUCAGGUUUGCUCUCAAGAUUUUGACAAAGCAAGAAAUCAUCGAUCGGAACAAGCUUCACCGCUUGCAGACGGAAUCGACGAUUUUGAAUCAAAUCGAUCACCCUUUCGUCGCGACGCUGUUCGCAUCGUUUCAAACGUCCACGCACGUGUACUUUUUGAUGGAGUACUGCGAGGGCGGCGAGUUGUAUGAUUUCCUGCAGAAGGCGCCCGGGAAGCGCCUUAGCGAGGAGGCGACGAAGUUUUACGCCGCCGAAGUAUUGGUGUCAUUGCAGUAUCUCCACCUUCUUGGAUUCGUGUACAGAGAUUUGAAGCCCGAAAACGUGCUCUUGCGAAGGAACGGACACAUUAUGAUCACAGACUUUGAUUUGUCGUUUUGCGCUUCGUGCCAGCCGCACAUCAAAGUGCGCCCAGGAAACCCCACCUGGUAUCCGGGACAACGCGCGACGGCGCACGCGAAAAAGAAGAAGUUGAAACCGCCUCGGUUACCUAAAUCGGGGUCGAAUCCGACUAUAGUUGCCGAGCCGUUUACGUUUACAAACUCGUUUGUCGGAACGGAGGAGUACUUAUCUCCGGAGGUUUUGAACGGCACGGGACACUCCGGUGCCGUGGACUGGUGGGAGUUGGGGAUUUUUAUGUACGAGAUGGCGUACGGGACGACCCCAUUCAAGGCUGCGACUCGAGAUGAGACGUUCAGCAAUAUAACGAACGCAAAGUUGACGUUUCCGGACAACAUUCCGAUGAGCGAAGAUUUCAAGGACUGCGUCAGAAAGCUUCUGCAGCGCGAUUCAACGAGUCGCCUUGGUACGCUUGGCGGAGCGGAGGAGAUCAAAUCCCAUCCGUUCUUUAGUUGUGUCAAUUGGGGGUUACUUCGUUGGGAAGAGCCGCCGUACGUGCCGAAACCUCGACGCGCUGCGCCUGUGCGCGACGAGGAGAUCUUCGAGAUGGAGAUUUAG